UCAUCGACAUUCGUUCACAACUCCCACACAUAUAUGUCACCUAUCGUACAGACUGGAGCCAAAUGUAAACACUAGUAUAUAUCAACAUAUUUAGCCAAGAAACGCAGCCAAAGGAAAGGUCGGAGGAUGUGGGAGAAGUUGAUAAACUGCAUCAAGCUGGGUGCGGAAGCCGCCAAAAACGAGCGCUGCCAGAUGUCCAAUCUGGCGGAGAUGCUCAAGCAGGUGCCACCGGAUCAGUUGGUCCAGUAUCAUAUGUUUGCCAAAAAGCAGGAUGAGUACAAGGCACGCGUUCGAAAGUAUCCAGAAUCUCUACCAGAAAUCAACUGGGAGUACUAUGAACAAAAUGUUCGUGUUGAAAUGGUGGACUGGGUGAAGAGUUACAAAGUCAAGUACGAUAAGCUGCAUACCCUUUUUGAGAACCGCCACGCCAUGAUUGAUUCCUACCGAUAUUUCGAAGCUAUCGAUAAGCAAACUGAGGAGGUUACAAAGGACAUAGCCCAGUACAAGGCAAAGUCAAAUGAGCGGAUCGCGAAACUCCAGGAGGAGCUGGACUUCAUGAAGGCCAUGAAGCCAUACGAUCAAAUGACCAUGGAGGAGUUCUGUUGCGCCCGACCACAUUUGGCUCCAGAUUUCAUUAACAAACCGACCUUUUGGCCCCACACACCCGAAGAACAAACCCCCGGUCCAUCCGAUCCCGAGGCAGCGGCCGCUCUGCAUGAGGAUCCUCCAGAGCCGGAAAAGAAGGAGCCCCCACCACCGCCACCGCCGUCACCGGCACCUGCUCCAGCAGCUGUUGCGGUGGCUAAGAAACCAGGCUCUGAGAAGGACACCGGUUCGGAGAUGGCCGAAAAGGCUUCUGCCUUUGCCAAGGAUUUGAUGGCCAAGUUAGCCGUUUUGUUCAACACCCUCAAGCGGAAGAUGUCCAGCAUGGCCAAGGAUGUUCAGACGAAGGCUGCGGCCACGAAGGCAGCCCGGGCUGGGUCUUCCACAAAAGACAUUCCAAAAUUCACUGGUAAUCGCGAUUCUAGUCCCGACGUUUGCAACCAGACCAUUAUCCGGGCCGCUGAAGAAAAGAGCAAUCCAGAAGUUAAGGUCCAACACCGGGACCUAUCCAUAGAAGCGGAAGCAGAGGAAGAGGAGCCCUGGCGCAAAAAGGAGGAAGACGUUUGCAGUCGCGAGGAGGAAAAAGUGGAGAUGGAUAUUUGCAAAGCGGCUCGCAAGAUGAGGGAAGCGGCGUUAGGUGCUUGCCAACCCAAAGAAGAUCCCUGCCCCUCCAAGAAGGAGGAAAAGGAAGAGGAUCCCUGCAAGCCAGAUCCUUGUUCCAUGAAAUCUCGCAAAGAUGACUCUUGCGAUUCAAAAGAAAAAGAUCCCUGCGAAUCGGACGGCGACUCGAAGGGUGACUCGAAAGGCGACUCAGAUACAGAUGAGAAGGAGCCUCCCCAACAGAUCUAUAUAAACUUGGCCGAAUGCAGUAAGGCAUUCGAGGCCAAAAAAGCAGCUCAGGCAGCCAAAAACGCGCCUCCGCCGAAACCCGCAGCUCCGCCAAAGGAUGAUAAGGGCCAGGAUCCGAAAAAACCUCCCACUAAAGCUUCGCUAUCACAUGAUGUUAAGGGCGUUGAUCAAAACACAAUUUCGGGUGGUACCUAUUUCCAACCCCAAGAAUGUCCCAAGCAAGUGGACGAAACGUUCAUUAAGGGCAUGACCGAGUCCUUCACGGAUCCCCAUCCAAUCGUAGAAUUGCUUAAGUCGAAGCCAGUAGAGCAACUGACAGAUAGUAAGCCAAACCUAUCCACCACCUUAAAGAUGGCAGAUGAAAAACCGAUAACCGUGUAUCCUCGGCUGGAGAUCUCACCUAAGGCCGAGAAGAAAAUCCCGCCGGAAAUAGAGGGAGAUGAUACAACGAAUCCUAAUAACGAUCUUACUAAUACGGUUAUCAAGAUGGCUCCGGAAGCUAAUCCCUUCUUGGACGAAACACCUGUCCGGGUGAAUAAUUUGGAGGCUAAGAAGGUGGCUCGCAUCGAGGCCCUGGAAGCGGCUUACAAGUCGGCCAAGGAGCAGGCACAUCGGGCUCUCGCGGAAGCCUCCAAGGCCGUGACUGCAGCCAGCAAGCUGGCCAAGAGAGCACAAUCGGAAUCCGGGGAUAUGACCCCCAGCGACAAGGAGGCUCUGGCCAUGGCCGAGAAGCAUGCCUUGUUGGCCAAACUCCUGGCCACUCGUGCCGUUAGCUUGAAGGAUGACAUUGGCAAGGUCCUGCGGGAACUCAAAAAAAAAUCAUAGUCCCUGCCGCUAGUUUUUUCACAAAUUUUUUACCAUGUUUCUUGUUCGAUAUUUUUGUAUUAAAUUUCUUGUUGCAUUUUAACUGUGAAA